AUGAGAGUCAGAGUCCGGGGCCCCACUGGCCAAAACACCAUCACUUUCGAUCAAUCCACAACAGUCGCCGACUUCACGCAACUCAUCAAGGACAACACAGGCCUUACUUCCUUUGAGCCUUUGCGACUGGAGGAGUACGAUCCCACUCAGAAGAUCGCCGCGAUAGGAGUAAAUCUCAACGGGGAGCAAUUAAUUGUGAAUAGCAAACAGUCAACUGAACCGGCGCGUGUUUCGCAGCAGCAAGACCGAUCAGCGUCGGCACCACAACAGCAGCAGCAAAAACAACCGCCGUCGCGUGUCACGCCGGAAGAAGAUACUGAACCUCCCGAAAUACCAUCCCCCGAGCAUGGAGGAACCGUGGUGCUACGAAUCAUGCCGGACGACAACUCCUGUCUAUUCCGAGCUGUCGGCGGCGCGAUCAUGGGAGGAAUGGACACAAUGACAGAACUACGCUCAAUCGUGGCGCAAACCAUCCAAGCACAACCAGACGUAUACACUGAUGUGGUCCUAGAGAGAAACGCAGACGAUUACUGUCGCUGGAUCCAGAGCGAAGACGCAUGGGGUGGCGCAAUCGAACUGGGCAUCCUCAGCAAGCACUUUGACGUGGAGAUUUGUUCGAUCGAUGUACAGACGUUGCGGGUGGAUCAUUUCAAUGAAGGGCAGCGCACGCGGUGUUUUGUGGUUUACUCUGGGAUACAUUAUGAUAUGAUUGCCUUCUCGCCAUCUGCUCCUCCUUAUACGCAUGCGAAUGCGUCGCCGGACUUUGACACGCGGAUAUUCGAUGCGGCAGACCCUGUCAUUAUGGAGAAGGCGUUGGAACUAUGUCGUAUACUCCAGCAGCGACAUUAUUAUACGAACACUGCCACUUUUCGGAUUCGCUGUAACACCUGCGGAGGGAUGUUUGUUGGAGAGAAGGGCGCAACUGAGCACGCCACGAAGACGGGACAUUAUGAUUUUGGCGAAGCAAGUUGAUUCAUAGCCGGAAUGUUACUCUCUUAAGAUG